CAUCAGCAGAUUCAGCACUCCAGCAUCUUUUGUUAUCACAAAACGCCAAUUAUUCUCGCCGUUUAGUGUUGGCUCUUCUGACUUGGGAGGAGAAAGAAGAAGUCUGUUUCAACAACUUCAAUGGCGCUCUCGAAUACUAUCUUCUCUCCUACUCAUUCUCGCCCGAUCAGCCGGCAAGCUCGCUUUCCCGCUCAGAUUCCACCUCCAGAUCUAUCGUCUGCUUUGUUCGGUGAUCGCCGCAAGUUCGUCGAAGGUGUAAUGCCUCUAUUGACGUUGAGUAUGAGAAACCGUGUAUAUGCCUCGAUUAACAGCACUGAUGCCUCUUCCACUCCGUCUUAUCCGAAAUCAGAAGACGAUGAGGACUUUGUUCCAAUGCCAAUGGUUUUGAUAGACCAGGAUGCUGACCCUGAAGCCACUAUUGUCCAGCUCAGUUUCGGAGAUCGUCUUGGGGCUCUCAUUGACACUAUGAGGGCGCUGAAAGAUUUGGGAUUGGAUGUAAUAAAAGGAACUGUCACAACUAAAGGUUCCGUUAAACAGACAAGGUUCUCUAUAACAAAACUAGACACUGGUCGGAAAGUGGAAGAUCCUGACUUGUUGGAGCAAAUUCGGUUAACAAUCAUCAACAAUCUCUUAAAAUACCAUCCGGAAUGUAGCGAACAACUUGCAAUGGGUGAGACCUUUGGAAUAAAGGCUCCAGAAAAGAAGGUUGAUGUUGAUAUCGCGACUCACAUACAUGUGAAGGAAGACGGACCAAAGAGGAGCCUGCUUUGCAUAGAGACAGCGGACAGGCCAGGUCUGGUUGUAGAGAUGAUAAAAGUGAUGGCUGAUAUCAACAUUGACGUGGAAUCCGCAGAGAUAGACACAGAGGGACUGGUUGCGAAAGACAAAUUUCAUGUAAGCUACCAAGGGCAAGCACUAAACCGUACUUUGUCACAGGAGCUGGUGAACUGUCUGCGUUACUUCCUGAGAAGGCCUGAAACUGACAUCGACAGCUACUAAAUGAACUCUGUUUGUUCAAAAACAUAAAUUGCUCUCUAUCCUUCUUCACGCAGUCGUAUCUGUGCUUCGAAACUUUCAAGUCAUCUGUUUGGAAGAUGAUGUAGAAAUUCCUGAUACUAAAACUGAACCAUUGUGGCUAAAAAUAAAUAAAUGGGGUUCUUGACACUUGA